UAUCUAGAGUCAAUAUUUUCCGAAGCCGAUUUCAGGUUUCGGCCGAUCUGCUAAAUCAUAACAACUUUAGACAUCUUACAUAUUCAGUUGAUCGGUGAAAUUCAAAGUUGCUCUCUUAAAAAUGAAACUCACUCAAAUAAUUGUACUUUCAAUCGCUGUGUUUUUGGUCGUGUCUGCGAAGCCCAAAAGGGCUACCAGACAUCAUGGCGAAAAGCCAGACCACGACGGCGGAAAGAAACACCACGGUAAAAACCCGUCGAUGCCUAUGAUUGGAGGUGGAGCCAUGUGCCGAGUACCGCCUCUGGUUCCCGAGGGUUGUGAGCUUCCCAAAAGCGGGAUGCCGGAAUCGAAGUCCUGGCGACUCAACAACGGGAUCGGAGAACCUUCGAUGGCUGUCGAAAGCAUGCAGUCGGAUCUGGUGAAGCACUUGAACGACAAUCUGGACGAGACUCCCUGUGAGACGAAGUAUGACGACGAAGUGAAGGACUUGAAGAUGCGAGGUCCACAAGUGACCUUGAAAGUGACCUGUGACGGAGAUGACAAACCACACUACGCGACCUUCGAAAUCAACACCCACUCGUACAGCAUCCUAGAGGAUAAACGCACCAUGAACAAAAUGCCAGGCGGAUACUUCCCCGCCUGUGAACUGGGACAGGUGUUCAACUACUUCAUGGCCUAUGCCAGGAAGGAGUACCCGGAUGAAGACCACAUCAAAAUUGGAACUCCCUACUGUCUUGUCAAGUCCAGUGUCCGAAACGGAAUGUACUUCUGUCCCAUUGAGUUGGCACACACUUCUUUCAACAUGGAGCUGACGCCCCUGAACGAACCCGAGAUCAAACUGGUCGAAGUCAAGACCACGCCAUCAAGCAUGUGUAUGCAGAAACUCACGAAAGAGUACGCGAUAGAACUCCUCGAGAACUCGACUGGAAACACGAUGGUUUUCCUGGAGAAACAUUGUGGCUUCGAAGGAAAUAUGGAGGACCUCAAGGUCGGCAACGGAUCCUUCGUGGACCUGGCGACGGGAACCCAGUUUUGCAUCCAGGUGUACACUGACACUUUUGGCGAUGAUGACAAAAAUACUACGCUGGCUAUUUACAAAUACAAAUUGGAGGGCACCAAACCGUUCCUAGUUGCACAUCCUUUUGCCGGCAAUAACGGAACAACUUACUGCAACCAUUUCAUGAUGAUGGUAGCUGAUAUGUGGGGAAAGUAGAGAAAAAAAACUUCAAAGAGAAAAAAACUUCAAAGUUUGUAGCGAAAUUUUAAAAACUUCAAUGCGUUGCUAUCGUGUUUUGUAUGAAGUUUUGAGCGUAUUAUUUGUAUUAUUUAUUACAUUGUCAUCAUAAUAGAUAAUAACUUUUCCGAAAAAGAAUGAAACUUUUUUAUGUUAGAAA